UUACCACUUCUGAGCCCCCAGCCACAUCUUUUGGCAGACAGUGUGAAGCAUGCUGCCCCACAAGACCAAGCGAGGCCAGGCCGCCUUGGACCGUCUCAAGGUGUUUGACAGGAUCCCAGUGCCCUAUGACAAGAAAAAGCGAAAGGUGGUUCCCGCCGCCCUCAAGGUUGUGCAUCUGAAGCCUACCCGGAAGUUUGUCUACCUUGGACGCCUGGCUCAUGAGGUUGGCUGGAAGUACCAGGCUGUCAUAGCCACCCUAGAGGAGAAGAGGAAGAAGGCCAAGGUCCAUUACCACAAGAAAAAGCAGCUCAUGAGGCUAUGGAAACAGGCCGAAAAGAACGUGGAGAAGCCAAAACCGGCCUUAAUAUUCAGUGCAUGA